UAGACCUGCACUGGUCGAGUUAGACCCCGAGAAAAAUAUGGCAUUUAAGCCAAUUUAUUGGUUUCUCCUAAUCCACUUCCUCCUGCAAAUUUCUAGGGUGUACGCAAAAGUUCCAGCUAUUAUUGUGUUUGGAGACUCUUCUGUCGAUGCAGGGAACAAUAACCAGAUAUCGACAAUCCUAAAGAGCAACUUUCCACCAUACGGUCGUGAUUUCUAUGGUGGACAGCCUACAGGGCGAUUUUCCAAUGGUAGGAUUCCACCAGACUUCAUUUCUGAAGCUUUUGGGAUCAAGCCAAUGAUACCUGCAUACUUGGAUCCAUUUUAUGACAUUAAGGACUUCGCUACUGGAGUUUGCUUCGCCUCCGCAGGAACUGGUUACGAUAAUGCCACUUCUGAUGUCCUAUCUGUGUUACCUCUUUGGAAGGAAUUGGAGUACUACAAACAAUACCAGCAAGACCUCAGAACCUAUCUAGGAGAUGAUGAAGCAAAUGAGGUUCUGGGAGAAGCACUUUACUUAACGAGUAUAGGAACUAAUGAUUUCCUAGAAAACUACUUUGUAUUUUCAGAAAGAUCAAAGGAGUAUUCCAUAGAGGAGUACCAGAAUUUUCUUGCAAGUAUUGCUCAAAAUUUCAUCACAGAGCUCUACCUGCUUGGAGCUCGAAAGAUAUCUCUAGGCGGCCUUCCUCCAAUGGGUUGUCUGCCAUUGGAGAGAACUAAAAAUCUUCUUUCGGGGAGCGGUUGUAUUGAGACAUACAAUGAUGUGGCUAGGAGUUUCAAUCACAAGUUGCAGGAAGUAGUUGACAAGUUCAACGAGCAACUAGUUGGAAUCCAGCUUGUGCUUUCAAACCCAUACUAUAUUCUCUCAGCUAUCAUACAAAACCCUCAAUCCUUUCGAUUUGAAACAGCAGCAACAGCCUGUUGUGGUACAGGAUUGUUUGAAAUGGGUUACAUGUGUGCCAAGAUAAACCCAUUUACGUGUUCAGAUGCAAAUCAAUAUGUAUUUUGGGAUGCCUUCCACCCCACAGAGAGAACAAAUGGUAUUGUUGCAGAUCAUAUAUUUAAAACUUGUCUAGCUCAAUUUCUAUGA